GGUUGUGGACGAGCUGAUUCUGUCAAAAGACUUAUAUUUGAAGAAAUACAUUAUUUUUUUACAAUUCUACUAUAUCCUAAUGGGUUCCUCCCAUAGUACGGAAGUCCCCGGAGGUGGAUCUGAUGGCUAUCAUAUUUUACGAGUGCAAGACGGCUCUCCCGGUCAAAAAGCUAAUCUAGAAGCGUUUUUUGAUUUCAUAGUAGCUAUUGAAAAUACUAGACUGGAUCAAGAUAACGACACACUUAAGGAAUUGUUGAAGAAAAAUGUUGAUAAAACUAUAAAAAUGUUGAUAUACAGUAGUAAAACGCAAUCGGUGCGGGAAGUUAUGGUAACACCCAGUGCAAAUUGGGGCGGACAGGGCUUACUCGGCGUUAGCAUCAGGUUCUGUUCCUUUGAAGGUGCUACUGAAAACGUGUGGCAUGUCUUGGAAGUACAUCCAUCAUCUCCAGCAGAAUUAGCUGGCCUGAGGCCAUUUUCUGAUUAUAUUAUUGGUGCUGAUUCUGUGAUGCAUGAAAGUGAAGAUUUUUUCACUCUUAUAGAAGCCCACGAGGGGAGGUCUUUGAAGCUUUAUGUCUAUAAUGUAAAUGAUGAUACUUGCCGUGAAGUGAACAUAACACCAAAUCACAAUUGGGGUGGAGAGGGCAGUCUUGGUUGUGGUGUUGGUUAUGGUUACUUACACAGGAUUCCAAUAAAUACUCAUACACCUCCACAAAAUACUUAUAGUGCUACUACUCCAUUGCUAUCUGCACAAUUGCCAAAUAUGGAGCAAAAUUUGGUAUCAGGCGUAAGCAAUCUGAAUAUAAAUCAAAAUUCUCAAAAGAGUGUCCCUCAGGCAGCAUAUGCACCACCUGAGUCCAUACAGGCACCUCCACCGUUCUUAACUGGUGUCCCUAUGGUGAAGACUGGCAAUUUUGAGACUACCAAUGCUGAGAAUAUUCCUGCACACAUUCCAGAGCAGCCAUUAGUACAGCAACCUGUAUCCCAAACUCAAUCAAUGGUGUCCAACAUGGCAGCUUACUCUAGUAAUUUGGCUGAAGCAACAUUGACUAAUUUAGGCAGCAUACCAUCUGUGUCCAAUAUGCAACCACCAGCACCACUGCCAAAUUUACCAGGAAUCCCUAUGAACCAACCCCAGCCUUACAUACCAAUGAUGCCUACCUAUACCCAACAGCAGGUCAGCUCUACUACGACAUAUUCUCAAAGUGCGCCGCCCCCUUUAGUCCCAACUUUUGAUAUGAGCAAUUUUACACCGGCGCCAAUUCAACCACCGCCAAUGUCGACUGGACUACCGGUAGUGACACCUGUCUCUUUACCGGGAAUGCCAUCUAUUACUGUUAGUGCCACACUACCUGUCUCCACAAUGAAAGAGAUACACCAACAACAGUCACAACACCAACAGGAUUUAUUAUCGUGAAAAGAUAUAACACUGUUAUUGUUCGCCUUUUAUAGAUAAUAUUAUCAAGCAGCAAUUUUCUAAUUUGCUGAUGUUACUUUAUUUUAAAUGUUUUGUCCAAAUCAUGUACAAUAUCAGGAAGGCAUAUUCUGAAAUAGAAGAUUAGAUGCUAACGAUUAUAACAAUAAUUGUUGAGAUGUGCAAUAAAUUGCUUAAGUUCUAUUUGACUUGUGCAUAUUUCAGUUAUUUAAUUUAUUGACUUGUUAAUCACCCCACUAUUUAUGUGGAUGUUAAACUGAUUUGUUUUUGUGUUUCUGCCUUCCCCAGUUAACAUUAAGUGUACAUUUAAAAUUUAAAAAAAUAAAUAAAAAUCGAAAAGCUGACAUGUGUUAUUUAUUAAUUCUAAACAACCACCUAUCCUCU